GCGGGCGCUGAGGUAGGGGCCGCGGCGGCGGCGGGCGAAGGGGCGAGUCCCUGGUGGGACUCCGCCGCCGUGAGGCGGGACGCGGCUUCCGAGGGGACGCGAGUGAACUCCACGCCGCCGAGCCGUUCUCCAAGCCGAGCCCCUUAAAAGGGGCUCGCUCCGGCCAGCAUUGUCUUUUAGGCCGGACGUCCAUAAGGCAAACUUUUGGGUUGGAAAGCGGGGAAAUUCCUAGUGGGCGAGCGGAUUGUGCCGCUUCUGGGCCCCUGGGUUUUUACCUUAGCAGCCGAGCUCAGCCUGAGUGGAGUUAGGGACACUAUGGUGUCCCCUUCCGCCUGUCGUCUCCCCUGCCUCUUCUAAUGCUGCUUAACUUUUUGAGUUGUGUGGUUUCUGAGAAGUCCAGAGGCAUUUUCCAGAUCGAACUCUGCAGUCCGUUUCAUGGUGUGCUCCGGUUCCAGGGCGAGCCGAGAAACCAGAGACAAGAGUAGACAGGCUGGAAGAUUGCAGAUUCUGGGGUGGGAAAGACUCGGACAGUGGAGCCUGAAGAUUUUAAAUCAUUAUGGAUCCAAGCCUGUUGAGAGAUCGAGAGCUGUUCAAAAAGCGAGCUCUUUCCACUCCUGUGGUAGAAAAACGGGCUGUGCCUUCUGAGUCACCCUCCUCCUCAUCCAAGAAGAAGAAGGCAAAAGUCGAACAUGGAGGAUCAUCAGGCUCUAAACAAAAUUCAGAUCAUAACAAUGGAUCAUUUAACUUGAAAGCUCUCUCUGGAAGUUCUGGAUAUAAGUUCGGUGUUCUUGCUAAGAUUGUGAAUUAUAUGAAAACACGACAUCAGCGAGGAGAUACACAUCCUUUAACCUUAGAAGAGAUUUUGGAUGAAACACAGCACUUAGAUAUUGGACUCAAGCAGAAACAAUGGCUAAUGACAGAGGCUUUGGUCAACAAUCCCAAAAUUGAAGUGGUAGAUGGGAAAUACGCCUUCAAACCUAAGUACAACUUGAAAGACAAGAAGGCCCUCCUCAGGCUGCUAGAUAACCACGACCAGCGAGGACUAGGAGGGAUUCUCCUGGAAGACAUAGAAGAGGGAUUGCCUAAUUCCCAGAAAGCUGUCAAGGCUUUAGGGGACCAGAUAUUAUUUGUAAGUCGUCCUGAUAAGAAGAAAAUACUAUUCUUCAAUGAUAAAAGCUGUCAGUUUUCUGUGGAUGAAGAAUUCCAGAAACUGUGGAGGAGUGUCACUGUGGACUCAAUGGAUGAGGAGAAAAUUGAAGAGUAUCUGAAGCGACAGGGUAUUUCUUCCAUGCAGGAAUCUGGACCAAAGAAAGUGGCCUCUAUUCAGAGAAGGAAAAAGCCUGCUUCACAGAAAAAGCGACGGUUUAAGACUCACAAUGAACACUUGGCUGGAGUGCUGAAGGAUUACUCGGACAUUACCCCUGGCAAAUAGGGAACCUUUUUAUCUUUAAACAAAGUUGCAGACACACAGUCAAGAUCUUUCGUGAUCUCGGGAUCUGAAGACUUUCUGCCUUCCCGUCUGCUGCUCAGGACUGAGGAGAGGAGCAGUUCAGUUUACAGAACAGGAGCUGAUUACCAAACUCACUGUCUCACCCAGCAGACUAGUGGGAAUGGGUGUUCCUGUCUAACUUUCUGGAUUUGUUUGUUUUAUUUUAUUAGAAAGACACUUAGCGUGGCACUCAGGUGUCUGCUAUUUAUCUUGAUUUCGGAAUGGUUCUGGAUUCCAUGUGUUCUCUUUUGCUUUAGAACAAGUUGGAGGGUAGUGCUGAAUGCAGUUUUUGUUUAUUCCAAGAAAAAAAUGUUUAUAAUAAAAUCAUUUGUAGGAAGAUCUUUAAGAAGUUAGGAAAUUUAGUUUGUCUGUCUUACUUCUUGAAAAUGGCAGGGAGCAGCUGCAGUCCCUGACUUGUCUGGAUGGGUGGGAUGUGACAAAGAUUGGAGUCAGUACUGUUGGCACACUUGAGAAUUUCAUCUUUGGAACACAGGGUAUGCCUCUGGUUAAUAAGCUGAGCAAUAAAAUUACACUAAAUAUAAUUGUUAAUGCUUUCUUUUAAAAGGCUAAGUCAGCAUUUAGUAAGUUGGAUUCAUGAUUUGCUACCACCUUGAACACGGAUGGGAAAUUCUUCUU